AUGAAUAAGAGAAUUUUGCCAAAUGGGGAAGACAAUAAUGAUAAUAAAUCGGGAGUUAAUCGAUAUAUUGUGAAUCCUGAUGAUCAAUUGGGAAAUGAAAAUAAUAGUUAUAAUUUAAAUAAUCCCGAAAAUGAAAUAAAAGAAGAAAACUAUAUUGGGGGAAAUAACCAUGAUAUUUCUAAUAACAUGAAUUGUGAUGAAAAAGAUCAUUUAAAUUUUAUGAUAGAUAAUUCCAAUGAUCAUAAUAAUUAUACUGGUCUUAAUAUUGGAUCAAUUAGUAAUAACAAUAACAAUGCAAAUUUUAAUAACAAUAAUAAUAACAAUAUUUUGAAAUGUUCAAUAAGCGGUGAUAUAGAUAGUUUCAUUGGGAAGCAUGGAAUUGAUAAUAAUCGAAAUAAACAUUCAUAUUAUACAAAUGAAGGAAAGAAAAGGAAAGGAAGUAGAUAUACUAUGCCAUUUUUAAAAAAAGAAAAAAAUAAUGUUAACAAUAUGCUUAUUUUAAAAAAUAUUCCUUCUGAUAUUGAUGAAGAAGAUAUAAAAUCUCUUAUAAAACCAUUUGUAAAUAACAAAACUCCUGAAAUAACAUUUAAUGAUGAAGGUGUAAUAAUAAAAUUAUAUGACGAUGAUUUACAAGAAAAUAUUUUUAACUAUUUCAAAAACCAUCCAACUCAAAUAAAAGGAUCAUUUUUUGAAAUAAAAUUAACAAAAAUGAAUGAAGAUACAUCAACUAAAGGAAUUUUAGAGAAUCAUAAAAAUAAUAAUGGAAAUAUGAAUAGUGGAUAUGCAAAUAAUGAAUAUAAUAAUAACGACCUUUAUGAUAUGCGUGGGACGAUUGAACAUUUCGAUAGGGAAAACUCAAAGGAUAAGUUAAAUGAUAAUGAUAAAAGAAAUACUAAAUAUAACAAAAAUGAAUGUUCAAAAGUAAUUUUAGUAUCUGUUGUAAAUAUGCAAUAUCCUGUUGAUAUGGAAUUAAUUUAUUAUUUAUUUAGUAAAUGUGGAAUAGUUGAAAAAAUUAUUACUAUAUCAAAAAAAACAUCAAUUUUUCAAGCUUUAGUGCAACUUGAAUCGAUUCAAGUAGCUAAAGAAGCAAUCAAAACAUUACAUAAUAGAAAUAUAUAUGAUGGAUGUAAUACUUUGCAAAUUCAGUAUUCAUUUUUAAAAGAGCUUAUAAUUAAAAAUAAUAAUUCGCAAGCAUGGGACUAUACUACACCAAAUCCUCAAAAAAAUAAAAAUAAUUUUUCUUUUCAAACAUCUCAUGGGGUUUUACCAACUCCAACAAGAAAUAUCAAAGAGACUGAAUUAUACAAAUUGUUAGAAAGAAAAUUUAAAAUUGUCGAUUUUGAAACAAAAAAUACAUCAAAAACUCCUGUCCUAAUUUGCUAUAAUAUUCCCAAGGAUUAUAGUGACGUAAAUAAGCUAUUUAACUUAUUUAGUGUAUAUGGAUAUGUUUCAAGAAUUAAAAUAUUGCGUGAAAAGCCAGAUUCAGCUCUUAUUCAAUAUUCGAAUUAUUUAUUUUCUUCAUUGGCUCAAGAAUGUUUACAACAUGCAAAGAUUUGCCAAAACAUUUUGGAGUUACAUUUUUCUAAAAUAUAUGAUAUAAAAAUUUCUUAUCAGGAUAAAAAUAGAGAUUCUUAUAAGGCGAAAUUUUUUAGUAACCAUGAUCAGCGAUAUGGGAUAUCUGACCAAUUAAAAUAUGUUAAAGGAGCGUGCAAACCAACAAAAACUUUAUUUAUAUCGAAUGUUAGUGAAGAGGUAACAGAAGAAUGUAUAAUAGCUUUGUUCAACAAAUAUGAUGAAAUCAACAAGUUUAAAUCUCAACCUAUAAAAGAGGGCAAGAAAAAUUUUACAGCAACUAUUGAAAUGAAUUCAGAGGAUACGGCAACAAAAGCUUUAAUGGAUCUUCACAACUUUCAACUUAAAGAUCGUUGCAUGAAAGUUUCAUUUACAAAAACUAAACUGCCAUGA